AAGAAGAAGAAGAAGAAGAGAUAAAGCGAGGAUUUUGAGUGCUCUUUCUGUUGCCGUCUAAACUCGUGUCUCACCUCUGUGUCCAGCCCCUUCUCUCGCACUCUUUGACCCCACCUCCAUCUUGCAUCAUUUCUAACGAGCACUUGAGAAACUGACCACCAGCUUCAUCACUGUCUCUUCUUUUCCACAGUCUUCAUUGGACUCUAUUCAUUUUUGUGUGUGAUCGUUUCUGGAACAUUUCCAAUCAUGAUUAGGAGUCUUCUUGCCAUCACACUUGUUCUCGGAUUCACGGCUUCACAACAAUACGUACAACAGCAAAGAACUGGAGCAGUACAACAACAACCAGUUCAAAGUGUGCAAGCAGCUCAACCAGAUGCUAUUGAUCAGAUUCCAGCAUGGUAUCAAAUGGCAAAACCAGUUGCUUCAAGAGCUCAACAACUCCCACAAGCUUCUCCAUCGUAUUACGAGCGCAUUGAGCCGACAUACGAGCAACGGAGAGGAGAGCAACCAACUUACGAGCGACCUGGAAUUCAGACUAAUCAGUACGCCAAUUAUCCAUCAUACCAGAAUCGUCAACCAUAUGAAAAUCUGAAUGCUCUAACAUCUGGUGCAUCAUUGAGCAAUCUUCAAGCAAGCCGUCGUUAUCCAUCUGGAGCAUCCGGAGCCGCCGGAGGAUCUGAUGUGCCUUACGACUCGGCGCUGAAACGCUAUCAUAAACUUUUACUCAAACGUCGUCAAUGGACCACCAAGAUUGGUCGUAUCUUGGCGUCUACCACACCAAUGACGCCAUCAACAGUUGUACCAACAACUACUACAACAACUACACAAGCUCCAACUACUACAACCAAGAAAAUGCCAAAAUCUCUUAAAAGCAUUUAUUCAACAAUUGUUGCAAAAACUACUACAACCACAGAAGAACCUACUAAGGCGCCAGCUACCACAACUCAGGCCACAUCAAGAGUAACUGGUAGACUUGUUGGAAAACCUAGAGGAACAUUCAAACCACAUGGAACUAGAAAGGGUUGGAGAAUGUGGAAAAAGGUUACCCCAAAGUACGCGGGGAAAUCGAGCGUCACUACUACGGAGGUCCCCGUUACUUCUACUACUAUUCCCACGGAACCCAGCACCUCUGUUUCUUCUUCUAGUACCUCAGCUUCUACAACACCAGAGCUUCCAAUAAUUGAAGAGACUGAAGAACGUGAAGUCACUGAAGCUUCUACUUCUACAACUACAACAACUGCAGAACCAUCUACAACAGCUACUACUACUACUACAACAACAACAGAGGAGCCAACAACAACAACGAAAGGAUCGGAAGAGCAAUUAGGAGGGAAGGGUCCUUCCCCACUAAGGUAUAUUUGUCGGCAUAAAGCCGGCUCGAACGAGCACGAUCCGUUCAGCGAACGAAGAGCAUCUACGAUUGGACCAUUUAGACCGAUAACUGUUGGACACAAGUGGAAGCCGCUCCGGUUCAAGAAACCAGAACCAGUCGACGAAGUCGCCACAGUUCCAGCCACCACGUCCAACAAAACAUCAAUCAGCACCAGACCGAAGGGGCUCCGACUUCUCGAGUAUCUUUUGAAGCAAACUGACAAGUUUGCCAAGGGAUUACAGAAGGCAAUUAACGGUGUAAGUGCAUCCGGAGUGUCAUCAUCCAAUUUACUAACAAAUGAACCAAACACUGAGCUUCUGGCUGCUAUCAAGGAUGUCGUCGCCAAAUUCAAGGCGAGCUUGGACGAGGCCGGAAUCGAUCAGGACGUCAGACUUAUGGGCAAUCAAUUAAAAAACACGUGGCAACAAUUGAGGACAGGACCAAUGAAUGAGCAAAUUGGACGACUCUUUGAGAAAGCAGUUGCUGAUGCUGCCGAUCAAAAGACACAACAACAAAUUCAACAAGUUCAACAACAAAUGGUCGGCUCAAGGCCAUAAAUUUCAUUCCAUUUGAAAUCAUUUCUAAAUUCGCUCAAAAUCCACUUUUUCUAGCCAAAGAUUGCAAGUCAAGCAAUCUGCCAGUACGUACACAUUGUACACAUUUUCCUGUUUUUUUUCUCUUGAAACAAUGACC